UCUAUAUUCAUACUUUCACUCCAGCGUGCUCCACUUUCCCAUUCAUUUCUGAAGGCUCAUUGAUAAUCAAUCACAGGGAAAGCGAGCCCACAAGCAAAAGCAGAAGCAGAAGAAAACAUUUUAAACAUCCAUCUCUUUCUCUUUCUCUCCUUACUAAUCUCAUUUAUUAUAAUAAUAUCAAAUCAAUAACUCUUCCUUUUUUUUUUUUUAUUGCCCUUGAUCAAGUUACCUAAACCCACUAACCUUACCGUCUCUUAAUUUGUUUAAUCUCUAUUUGCACACCCACAUGCUUCUCCCAAAACUCUUCCACCAACCCUUUUGAGUUUUGACCCUGUUUCCACCGAUUCCGUUCCUUCUCUCUCUCUCUUUAUUUUUAUUCUUAAAAUAUUUAUAAAAAAAAACUAUGAAUAUGUCAAUAGCUGAGGUUGUCAUCAAUAUUAUUCCAGCUUGUCCUGAGCUAGAUUCUUGCUGAACAUGGAUUUGUCCUUCUCCUACCACUAUUUGUGUUAAAGUUUCUCUCAGAAUAACAAAAGGGGUACUUUAGAUUUGUCUUCUGCUCUCUCGCUUUGUUCAUACUAUUACAGGUGCCAUCUUCCUCCGUCUUUGUUUUUCCUCUAUUUCUGUGUUUGACUUUCUGUGUUUUUUGUGUCUGAUAAGUAGAAGCUCAUAACUUUCUUUUCCUGCUUGUACCAAAGAUCUUCCUAGGAUUAAAUUUGCUUCAUAAAAAAAGGUUCUUCCUUUCCUUUCUAGAUGCCAUAAUGAUGGAUUGGAGAAAACUUGGUUUGUUUAUCUGUGCUUUUUCUAUCCUGCCCUUGGGAUGUUUUUGUGCCACCUUUGUUCCAGUGGAUAAUUAUCUUAUAAACUGUGGAGCUUCUGCAAAUACUCUAGUAGGUAACCGCAAUUUCACAGCAGAUAAUUUAUCUAAGAAUCUCCUUUCCACCCCACAAGAUAUUCUUGCAAAUACCUCCUUAAAAUCAAUUCCUUCUUCCCCUGAUGAUUCAUCUCUCUAUCAAACGGCAAGAAUCUUCAGUGGAUCCUCAAAGUACACUUUUCCAAUUAAGCAAAAGGGGAGACACUGGAUCCGUCUUUAUUUUUUUCCAUUCACUUAUCAGCAAUACAAUUUGAGUGCUGCAAAUUUCUCUGUUUCCACCCAAAACAUUUUCCUUCUCAGCAGUAAUUUAACUGUGCAGAAAAAUACUGUCAUGAAGGAAUACUCUGUCAGGGUGACCUCAGACACCCUUGUGAUCACCUUUACCCCUUCAAACAAUUCCCUUGCCUUUGUAAAUGCCAUUGAAGUUGUGUCUAUACCUGAUGAGCUCAUUGCUGAUGAUGCUCUCACCCUAAAUCCAUUAGCAAAGUACUCUGGGUUGGUAACACAGGCAUUGGAGACAGUUUGGAGGAUUAACAUGGGUGGUCCAACUGUCUCCUCUGGAAAUGACACCCUUCAUCGAACUUGGGUUCCGGAUCAAAGGUUCAUUAUACAACCUAACCUUGCCUCUGAUGUUUCGAAUAUUGGUGCUGUUCAUUAUCAAGCUGGUGGGGCAACAGAAAACACUGCUCCAUCUAAUGUUUAUGGUACUGUCGCGGAGAUGAACACAAGCGGUGAUCCCCGUAGUAAUUUCAAUAUGACAUGGCAGUUUGAUGUGGAUCCUGGAUUUCAGUACCUUGUUCGAGCUCACUUCUGUGAUAUAGUCAGUCCGAGUCUCAACGAACUCUACUUCAACGUUUAUAUUGACUCCUUGUUGGCUGCCAAGGAUGUUGAUCCGAGUAAUAUAAAUAUUAAUGUUUUGGCUGUUCCAUUUUAUAGGGAUUUUGUUACAUCCUUGGCUGUCAGAAAUAAACUUGUCAUAAGUAUUGGCCCUUCUACUCUAAAUCCGGACUCUCCUAAUGCCAUUUUGAAUGGGCUGGAGAUCAUGAAAAUGAACAAUUCUAUGGGCAGUCUCAGUGCAGGAACAGGAUCUGUGGCUAUUACUUCUGGUUCGAGUUCUAAGAAAGUUGGCAUGAUAGUGGGUGUGAGUGUUGGGGCAUUUAGUGCAGUGGUCUUGGCUGGAGUUUUCGUUGUUCUAUGCCAGAAAAGAAGACGGUUGGCACGACAAAGGCAGUCAAAGACAUGGGUUCCUUUAUCCAUCAAUGAUGGAACUUCCCAUACCAUGGGAAGUAAAUAUUCUAAUGGCACAACAAUAAGUGCUACUUCGAACUUUGAGUACCGUGUCCCUUUUUUGGCAGUUCAGGAGGCUACAAACAAUUUUGAUGAGAAUUGGGUUAUUGGGAUAGGUGGUUUUGGGAAAGUAUACAAGGGAGAAUUAAGUGAUGGCACAAAAGUAGCGGUUAAGAGGGGGAAUCCACGGUCCCAGCAGGGGCUUGCAGAAUUCCGAACUGAAAUUGAAAUGCUGUCUCAAUUCCGGCAUCGCCAUCUGGUGUCAUUGAUUGGGUAUUGUGAUGAAAAGAAUGAAAUGAUCUUGAUAUAUGAAUAUAUGGAGAAGGGAACUCUCAAAAGUCAUCUUUACGGUUCUGGCCUUCCUAGCAUAAGUUGGAAAGAGAGACUUGAGAUAUGCAUUGGAUCUGCAAGAGGACUUCAUUACCUUCACACUGGCUAUGCUAAAGCAGUUAUUCACCGUGAUGUGAAGUCUGCAAAUAUCCUUCUUGAUGAGAACCUAAUGGCUAAAGUUGCUGAUUUUGGAUUAUCGAAGACAGGGCCUGAAAUUGAUCAGACACAUGUGAGCACAGCUGUCAAAGGGAGUUUUGGGUACCUUGAUCCAGAGUAUUUCAGGAGGCAACAACUAACAGAAAAGUCAGAUGUGUAUUCUUUUGGGGUAGUUCUGUUUGAAGUUCUUUGUGCAAGACCCGUCAUCGAUCCAUCCCUUCCUAGGGAAAUGGUAAACUUGGCAGAAUGGGCAAUGAAGUGGCAGAAAAAAGGACAGUUGGAGCAAAUCAUAGACCCAACACUUGCAGGCAAAAUCAGACCAGAUUCUCUUAGAAAGUUUGGAGAAACUGCUGAAAAAUGCUUGGCUGACUUUGGUGUUGAUAGGCCUUCUAUGGGAGAUGUCUUGUGGAAUUUGGAGUAUGCUCUCCAACUUCAAGAGGCAGUGGUUCAAGGUGACCCUGAAGAAAACAGUACCAAUAUGAUUGAACUCUCUCCACAGGUCAACAAUUUCAACCAUGAUGCAAGUGCUUCUGCUGUACAUUUUGAAGCUUCAAAUGUGGAUGAUCUGUCUGGAGUUUCUAUGAGUAGGGUGUUCUCACAGUUGGUGAAGUCUGAGGGUAGAUGACUUUGAUAUCCUAUAUUUUAAAUUCUGUAUUACAGUACUCUUCCUUUAUGGUUUUUGUUGUUUGUCUUCUGAUCAGUAGUUCUCUGCUUCUACACAGAAGAUUAAGGAAUUUCAUAGAUAUGUAAAGAAAGAUAGAGUCAAUGAACUUGUUUGCUUAGUUGGUAAUCAAAGAAUCUCCUUGUUAAAUCUCUGGCUUGUUGGUUUUGAAUUGGAUAUCUUGGGAAUUGAUUGUAAGUGGUGCUUCUAUUUAGGCGUACCUUAUCAGCCAGGGAAUUUGGCAAACUUCUCCAAUCAUUGAGAACUUGCAGCACCUUUGAAAUAGUCAUGUGGCUAUUUUCUAUAGCCUUUUUGUUUCUGUUUUCAUUAUUGAAGCAUAUUUUACUGUGUAAGGUUAAGGAGGCACUUUGGAGAGA